AUGAAGCUUUUUGGUUGGAUGCAAAAUAAGCUUAAUGGAAAGCAGGGGAACAAGAAACCAAAUACAGUUCCUACUACUACUCAUCCUGCAAAACAAGAGCCUCGUGAAGAAUUCAGUGACUGGCCUCAUGGAUUACUAGCAAUUGGAACUUUUGGAAACAAUGAUUUGAAAGAAAAUGCAGCUGAAAGCCAAGAUAUUCAGGAAGAUCCAACUUCAUCAGAAGAAAUACUAGAUAAUUUCACUCCUGAAGAGGUUGGCAAAUUACAUAAAGAGUUAACAAAGCUCUUAACGCGAAAACCAAGCAUCGAAAAGGAAAUCGCAGAUCUUCCAUUGGACAGAUUUCUAAACUGCCCAUCAAGCUUGGAGGUUGAUCGGAGAAACAGCAAUGCACUUUGCUCCGAUUCAGCAGAUGAUCACAAGGAUGAAGACAUUGAGAAGACUAUUAGUGUCAUACUUGGUAGAUGCAAAGAAAUUUGUGGAGAUAAUAAUAAGAAGGCAAUUGGGAAGAAAUCCAUUUCUUUUCUUCUCAAGAAGAUGUUUGUUUGCAGAAGUGGAUUUGCACCACAACCAAGUUUCAGAGAUACAUUUCAAGAGUCAAGAAUGGAGAAGCUUUUGAGGGUAAUGCUUAACAAGAAGAUCAUCAAUCCGCAAGGAUCUUCUCGAGCAGCAUCGAUGAAGAAAUACCUGGGGGAUAGACAGAUUCCAACAAAGAAGGAAAGUAACACUGAAGAUGAUACAAAAGAGAAAAUUAAUGAUGGAUGUAAAUGGGUCAAGACAGAUUCUGAAUAUAUAGUCCUAGAAAUUUGA